CUCAUCAUGUUCUGCUCGUCUGAAGGCGACGUGGCCGUCUGGACCGGAGUGAGAGGGAGCCGGUAGGGGGACGGGGACGGGGACGAGCUUCCGCCGCCUCAGGUUGACCCCAGCGAAGAGCCGUGUAGAUAACAGUUCCCUUAGAGUUGGUUUUAUUUGUUUUAAACAUGUCAAGAGUUUGGCCACUUGCACUUUUUCUCUGCCUGAUGCUGAUGGUGUCCAGAGGUCCGAGCCUGGCGAGCGAGGACUCGGGUCACGGGGACUCGGGUCACGGGGACUCGGGCUCUGACCACGGGGGCUCCAGCGCCGGGAACGGGACCGGCUCGGGUCACGGGGACUCGGGUCACGGGGACUCGGGUCAUGGAGGUGGACCCAUCACCACGCUGCCCAUCGUCACCUGGAAGUGGCACCAUGUCACCACGCCGUACCUGGUGGCGCUCUGGAUCCUGGUCUCCUGGAUCUGCAAACUCAUCAUCGAGUCCAACCACUAUGUGACCAACAUCAUCCCGGAGAGCGCCCUGCUCAUCUGCUUCGGCUUCAUCCUGGGUGGGAUAAUCUGGGGUGCAGACAAGGUGCAGACAUUCACGUUGACCCCCACCGUGUUCUUCUUCUACCUGCUGCCUCAAGUCAUCCUGGACGCCGGCUACCACAUGCCCAACAAGCUCUUCUUCAGCAACAUGGGGGCCAUCCUGGUCUACGCCAUCAUCGGAACCUGCUGGAACGCAGCCAGCGUGGGGCUGUCCUUGUGGGGGUGUCACAUGGGCGGGGCCAUGGGCGACCUGGACAUCGGCCUGCUGCAGUAUCUGCUGUUCGGCAGCCUCAUCGCGGCGGUGGACCCUGUAGCCGUCAUCGCCGUGUUCGAGCAGGUCCACGUCAACGAAGUCCUCUUCAUCAUGGUGUUCGGAGAGUCGCUGCUCAACGAUGGCGUGACGGUGGUGCUCUUCAAUGUAUUUGAUUCGUUUGUGUCACUCGGAGGACCCAAAAUCAAUGCAUGGGAGAUCAUUAAAGGAAUAAUUUCCUUCUUUGUGGUGGCUUUUGGCGGUUCCCUCAUGGGCUUCGUGUUCGGCCUGCUGAUAUCGGUCUUGACCAAAUUCACUAAAAACAUCCAGAUCAUUGAGCCCGGCUUCAUCUUCGUCCUGGGAUACCUGGCCUACCUGACAGCUGAAAUGCUGUCGCUGUCCGCCAUCCUCUCGAUCUUGUUCUGUGGGAUGUGCUGUCAGAAGUACAUCAACUCAAACAUGGACGAGAACUCCGUCCAGACCGUCAGGUACGCCAUGAAGGUCUUUGCCAACGGCUCCGAGACCAUCAUCUUCGUCUUCCUCGGCAUCUCCGCCAUCGAUAAAGUGAUCUGGGUGUGGAACACGGGCUUCAUCCUCCUCACGCUGCUCUUCAUCUUCGUGUACCGAUUCAUCGGUGUCUUUUUCCUCACCUGGAUCCUGAACAGGUUCCGGCUGGUGCCUCUGGAGAUCAUCGACCAGGUGAUCAUGAGCUACGGAGGCCUCCGCGGCGCCGUGGCGUACGGCCUAGCUACGAUGCUGGACGAGAACAAGAUAAAGGAGAAGAACCUGAUGGUGUGCACCUCGCUCAUUGUGGUCUACUUCACUGUCAUCCUCCAGGGCAUCACGAUGAAACCUCUGGUCACCUGGCUCAAAGUGAAGAGGGCCGCGGUAACCGAGCUCACGCUCAUAGAAAAAGUGCAAAACAGGAUGUUUAACCACAUGCUGGUCGCCAUAGAAGACGUAUCAGGACAAAAAGGACACAAUUACAUGAGAGACAAGUGGAAAAACUUUGAGGCGAGGUGGAUGUCGGGGCUUCUGAUCAAGCAGUCGGUGAGGAAGAACCAGGAACACCUCUUCGACGUCUUCCAUCAGCUGAACCUCAAAGAUGCCAUGGAGUACGUGAAAGAGGGCGAGCGCAGAGGCUCUCUGGAGUUCGUCCGCAACGACAGCGCCUUUGUUGACUUCAAGAAAAAGUUUGACGACGACGUCUCGGAUGCCAUGCCUGACAUCACGGUCAACAUGGGGGACGACCGCGGUCCAGCGUCAGCCAUGAGGAGAGACCCGGUGCCGUCGGUGAGUCUGGAGAUGCACGAGCAGACCAUGAAAGGACUGAGGGAAGCUGAGGACCUGAACUCUCACCACCUUCUGGACCAGCAUCUCUACAAGAGCAGGAAUCAGCACCGGCAUCGAUACAGCCGCAGCCAGUUCGGCAUAAACGAGGAUGAAAGUGAGGUGCAGGAGAUCUUCCAGAGGACCAUGAGGAGCCGCUUGGAGUCCUUCAAGUCUACAAAGAUGGGCGUCGCCCCGGCAAAGAAGAUUUCCAAGCACACCAAGAAAGAGCAGAAGAUGCAGAAUGGAAAGAGUAAGAUGCACCACUCUGGAGAGGAAGACUUUGAGUUCUCAGAAGGAGACGCUGCGUCCGGCUACGACAGCUCCUUCACUAUGUUCCCCAUGAGAGGCAUCGAGAACCCGGCCUUCCAGCCGGACCUGGACCCCUCGCCGACGCUGCAGGUGCCCCCCUGGCUGGCGGAGGUGGAGCUGGACAGCACCGCCGUGGCACCGUCGCAGCGAGCCCAGGCCCGGCUCCCCUGGACGCCUAGCAACCUGCUGGCCCCGCCGCCUCCGCCGCCGCCCCCCCACAGAGACGGAGACCGCCUGUAGCAGGCCCCGCCCCGGCCAUGCCCCCACAGAGACCACCUGUAACAGGCACCUGUGU